AUGCGCCUAAGUAUGCAUGCUAAGGUUUGGAUAAGAGGAAUUGUGGUGAAAUUGUUGUCUUGCACAAGAUCCCAAGGUCAAGAAUUAGUACCCUUUGAUCCUGAGAUAGAAAAAACGUUCCGAGAGCUCUGUCACAUCAACCAACAAGCAUUUGAUACUGAUUUAGAGUCUGACACAGAGUCAAUGGCAGCCAACACUAAGCCCUUGAAGGAGUAUUCACAGCCCACAAUUUUAGAAGAGCCUUCAUGUAUCACAUUUCCUGAAAUUGAUGAUGUUUCGUUUGAGCUAAAAUCCGGUACCAUUGGUCUUCUUCCUUCGUUCUAUGGUAAAUCAAAUGAAGAUCCCAACAUUCAUAUUAAGGAUUUUUACAUAGCUUGUGGUACGGUUCAUAUCAAGGGAGUUUCACAAGAAAUAGUGCGUCUGAGAUUGUUCCCCUUCACUCUCAAAGACAAGGCCAAGUCAUGGUUCACCUCUCUUCCUGCUGGAUCCAUCACAUCAUGGGAAGAACUUGCUCAAAAAUUCAUGCUGAAAUUUUUCCCUGUCACAAAAACAUUGCUACUUAGGAAGGAAAUCACGAACUUUGAACAAAAGCCUCAAGAAUCUUUUCAUGAGUGCUGGGAGCGAUUUUGUGAUCUACUACAACAAUGUCCUCAUCAUGGAGUGGAAACUUGGAUGCAAAUGCAGAUCUUUUACCAAGGACUAACCUCAGCCAGUAGAAACAAUGUUGAUGCGGCGUGUGGAGGAGCUCUGAGUGAGAAAGAUCCUAAGGAGUGCUUCAAAACUUUUGAGAGAGUUGCUGCCAAUUCUAUGCAAUGGGGCGAUGACAGAUUCACAAGGAAGAUUACUGUGCAUAGUGUCGAUACAAAUCCUGGACUCGCUUCAGCAUCUCAAAAAUUGGAAGUCCAAGUGAGCCAGAUUGCAAACAUAGUCAAUGAGAGGGAGAAAGGCAAGUUACCUAGCCAACCUGAAAUCAAUCCAAGAGGCCAGGAGCACAUUAAGGCGAUAAAAACAUUAAGGAGUGGGCGAACUUAUGAGGCUAGACCUGAAGAUGUUUCUAAGGCUGAAACAGAGGGAAAACAAGCUGCUGAAAUGGAGUUAGACGUGGAAGACAUGAAUACACUUCAGCCACACCCUGUCCCUGCCACAACGGAUGUUACAGAGGCCCCUACAGCAGCUAUUGAGCCUACCAAAGAACCUACAGCAGCUACCCCUUCCAAGGAGCGAAUAUAUGUGCCUCAAGUUCCUUUCCGCAAAGACUACAGAAGCACAAGAGAGAUCAACAAACAAUGGAUAUUCUGGAAUUGUUUAGAAAGGUUCAAAUAA